AAGCACUACUUCUCUUUCGUUUUAGUAAAAAUACAUAUAGCAACAAUGACCUCACCAUCAACAUCAAGCUCAAGUUUAUCAACAGCAAACAAUGGAGGUAGAGACGGGGAUGUGGUCAUUCAAAUGGCAUCCCCGGACGCCAUUAAUAUAACUCAGCUGACGUCGUCAAUGGAGGAAAGUCUCAAGUCAGUCGAGAAAACAGAUUGGCUACUUCGCCCAUCAGCUGGUAUGAGAUCUUGCUGCAUCUUCAAAGUACCCCAAUGGUUGGUCGAAGUCAACGGCCAGACCUACCACCCGCAUAUAGUCUCCAUCGGUCCAUAUCACCACGGCAAGCCAGAUCUAGAGAUGAUGCAGCAACACAAAUGGAGAUAUCUUCGCGACUUACUUGCUCGAACACCACCAACUGGCCCCACACUUGCUGAUUACUUGCAGCUUGUAGCUUUUAAGGAGGAAGACAUACGAGGGUGCUAUUCUGAGACCCGCAAGUUGAGCAAAAGCGAGCUCGUUCAGAUGAUGGUUGUAGACGGUCUCUUCAUUAUCGAAAUCUUCUUCAGAGUUGAACGUUUAUCAGAAAGAGAUCCAUGCGUUGAUCCGGACGACGCCAUCUUUAACUUGAAUUGGUUACUGCCUAAGCUCAUGCUAGACCUUCUUCGGCUAGAAAACCAAAUUCCUUUCUUCGUUCUUGAAAUGUUAUUUAAUCAAUCGAAACCUUCAAGACCGAACUGUGAUGAGUACUCAUCCCUUAGCAAGGCUUCUUUAAAAUUCUUCAAUUUUGCAGUGCUACAAAGAUCUGAUGAAGACUUGGAAAAAUAUUAUCAUCUAGGAGGAGUACAUCUACUCGAUUUAAUUCGCAAGACUUAUAUCCACGAUAUUCCUCAUCCUCCUCGAGGAAAUGCUUUCGAGUCAGUUGAUAAGAUUCGAUCAGUGAAAAAGCUUCAUCAAGCGGGAAUUAAGUUUAAGAAAGGGGAGGCAGCCAGCUUCUUAGAUAUCAAAUUCCGCAACGGAGUGCUAGAAGUUCCGCAGAUGACAGUGGACGAUCUCCGUGUCCAUCUAUUCCUGAAUUUCGUUGCAUUUGAACAAUGUUAUAACCAUUGCCACAAGCACAUAACCACUUAUGCUGUAUUCAUGAACUGCCUCAACGGCACGCCUGCGGAUACAAGCUUCCUCUGUGACAGGAACAUUAUCGAGAAUUAUCUUGGAUCCGACGAGGAGGUCACUCAUUUCUUCAAAAAUCUUGGCAAAGAUGCGGCUUUCGACAUCAAUGCGAGUUACUUGCUGCAAUUAUUCAAGGAUGUGAAUGAGCACUGCAAUAAUGUUUGGAACGUGCAAUGGGCAGGUUUUAUGUUGACGUAUUUUGAUACCCCUUGGUCUUUUAUGUCUGCCUCAGCUGUUUUAAUUGCCUUAUUACUUACCGCAAUCCAAACUGUUUUAGCCAUUUAUGCAUCUGACGGUCCAGGGGGGCAUGGCGGAAGGCAGUAGGUUUAGGGUGUGCUGAUCACCUCUCAACUCUCAAGCGGUCUGUGGGAUUUGAUUUGUUACAAUUCAUUUGAUUUUGCAUCAUUUAAUUUCUUUGUCGAUUUUGUUAGCCGAUUAAGGUCUAAACUAUGUUUUCCUUAUUUUAGCAAGUGUAAAUAAAUCUGUUAGUUAUCAAGGGCUGAGA